AUGUCGGCUCCAUACUUUACAACCGUCGGAAUCUACGGAGUCUUAGAUCUCAUGUACGCAGUUAUAGACCAAGUUCGACUACAUUUCAGGCCGAAGCGGUGGGCAGAUAUCUGCAUGACUAUCGCGCUUCUUAGUCUCAUUCUCCAGGUUAUUGGGGGUUCGCUGGCACACAAGGCCUCCAGUGUCGCCUCCAGUCUCGACAAAACAGUCAGCCUGGGAAUCGAUAUCCUGUACGCAGGCAGUCUCGUACAGCUCCUGUCGCUCAAUAUCUUCAUGGUGCUGUUCGGGUACCUGAUAAUUCGUACAAGACAGCGACUUGUCUGGAGGAUGCCAAUGCUCAAAAUGUUAGCUGUGCUUGCGUUUGCUUUAGUUUGUAUAAUUGUUCGGGAUACCUAUCGCAUUGUGGAGUCUACGAAUGGAUGGCGUGGUUAUUCCUACACAUAUGAAAUUCUAGGGUGUCUUUUCGAUGGGCUGCCUAUGUUUAUCGCCAAUGUUACGCUGAGUAUCUGGCAUCCAGCAGUGUUAUUGAACGAGGCGAUGCUAAUGGAGUCGAGAGUUGUGCGAGCGGAGGAGGUCGAAUUACGAAGCAGAGAAGAUCAGAACGGACGAGGAGAAAGUCGCUUGCUUGACGAGUACCCACCUAUUUCUGAGGAGCUUGAGCCAGUUCUCCGUAAACGAUAG